AGCCGCCGCACGCUGCGUUCCCAGGAGGCUGUGCGCGCUCCUCGCUUUCUCCCGGAUAGUCUGAGCGGGCGCGUGAACUGCUCCGUGCGUAGUGGUCAUGGCUCUCCACGUCCCCAAGGCCCCGGGCUUUGCCCAGAUGCUCAAGGAGGGAGCGAAGCAUUUUUCAGGGUUGGAAGAGGCUGUGUACAGGAACAUACAGGCUUGCAAGGAGCUUGCCCAGACAACUCGUACAGCAUAUGGACCAAAUGGAAUGAACAAAAUGAUUAUCAACCACCUGGAGAAGUUGUUUGUGACAAAUGAUGCAGCAACUGUUUUAAGAGAGCUAGAAGUACAGCAUCCUGCUGCAAAAAUGAUUGUAAUGGCCUCUCACAUGCAAGAGCAAGAGGUUGGAGAUGGCACAAACUUUGUUCUGGUUUUUGCUGGAGCUCUUCUAGAAUUAGCUGAAGAGCUUCUGAGACUCGGCCUGUCAGUUUCAGAGGUCAUAGAAGGUUAUGAAAUAGCCUGCAAAAAAGCCCAUGAGAUUCUUCCUGACUUGGUGUGUUGUUCUGCAAAAAAUCUUCGGGAUGUUGAUGAAGUGUCAUCUCUACUUCAUACCUCCAUAAUGAGUAAACAAUAUGGUAAUGAAGCAUUUCUGGCCAAACUUAUUGCUCAGGCAUGUGUAUCUAUUUUUCCUGACUCUGGCCACUUCAAUGUUGAUAACAUCAGAGUUUGUAAGAUUCUGGGCUCUGGUAUCCAUUCCUCUUCAGUAUUGCAUGGCAUGGUUUUUAAGAAGGAAACUGAAGGUGAUGUAACAUCUGUCAAAGAUGCAAAAAUAGCAGUGUACUCUUGUCCUUUUGAUGGAAUGAUAACAGAAACUAAGGGAACGGUAUUGAUAAAGACUGCUGAAGAAUUGAUGAAUUUUAGUAAGGGAGAAGAAAACCUCAUGGAUACGCAAGUCAGAGCUAUUGCUGGUAGUGGUGCAAAUGUCGUCGUAACAGGUGGCAAAGUGGCAGACAUGGCUCUUCAUUAUGCAAACAAAUACAAUAUCAUGUUGGUGAGGCUGAACUCAAAAUGGGAUCUCAGAAGAUUAUGUAAAACAGUUGGUGCUACAGCUCUUCCUAGAUUGACUCCUCCUGUCCUUGAAGAAAUGGGACAUUGUGACAGUGUUUACCUCUCAGAGGUUGGAGAUACGCAGGUGGUGGUUUUUAAGCAUGAAAAGGAAGAUGGUGCCAUUUCUACCAUAGUGCUUCGAGGCUCUACAGACAAUCUGAUGGAUGAUAUAGAGAGGGCAGUAGAUGAUGGUGUUAAUACUUUCAAAGUUCUCACAAGGGAUAAACGUCUUGUACCUGGAGGUGGAGCAACAGAAAUUGAGUUAGCCAAACAGAUCACAUCGUAUGGAGAGACAUGUCCUGGACUUGAACAGUAUGCCAUUAAGAAGUUUGCUGAGGCAUUUGAAGCUAUUCCCCGGGCACUGGCGGAAAACUCUGGAGUUAAGGCCAAUGAAGUAAUCUCUAAACUUUAUGCAGUACAUCAAGAAGGAAAUAAAAAUGUUGGAUUAGAUAUUGAGGCUGAAGUUCCUGCUGUAAAGGACAUGUUGGAAGCUGGUGUUCUAGAUACUUACCUAGGAAAAUACUGGGCUAUCAAACUGGCUACUAAUGCUGCUGUCACUGUACUUAGAGUGGAUCAGAUUAUAAUGGCAAAACUGGCAGGUGGACCUAAAGCUUCUAAACCACAAGGAAAUUGGGAUAAAGAUGGUUGGCAAGACGAAUCUCAUAUAUAAAUAGCAAAUCAGGUGCCAAACUGACUGAUUUAUGCCAGUGAUGCAUGCAGAUAUUUUUCACAUUCCGAGCAUUGGGUUGUUGAAGUGCAUGUCUUAGAAUGCCCCUCGCUAAUGUGUGUGACUUUUGUUGCUAUUAAUGUCCACAAAAGCGGAAAACUCACCUGCUGGACAAUAACAAUAUGCUAGUGUUUCAUAUGCAGUGUAAUAACAGAUUGUUCAUUGGUGAUGAUUGCCUAAUAAUGAAGCAGGGUAACAGAGAAAUAUUCUUUCUCUUCA